CUUAGAGAAUUGGCAUAAAAAUCCAAAACAUCCAGGAAAGAUGUCUACUUUUUCCCUCUUGGACUCAAGAGGGAGCAUUUUUCCAUACCGAUCAAAUUCUUCUACACGUGACCUUUUUCCACCAAUGAAAACAGGCAAUGCUUUAUCAGUAUUCUAUUACAGCUGAUAUGUGUAAUCUUUUUGUAAGUUAUUUACACUGUACUGCUGGUGUUGAGCUUGUCGAUCUUGCAACCGUUGGAGAACACCAUGGAUGCUUUCAGGACGUGUUUAUGUUACACAGUUAUUCUUCACAGUUGUAUUAAGCUUGCGUCUGCGGUUGAGAGGCUUUCGUUGGACACGAAUCUAACGCGAAAAGAAAUCACCACCAUCUUGAGACGUCCCGUUAAUCUUGGAUGCUACGUGAACAAAAAAAACUAUGCUAAGUCUUCGCAGACUGAGACCUCGUCUCUCGUUAGCUAUGUCUGGUUAAAGGAAAACAAAAUCAUAACCCGGAUCAACAACUCAAGCGAUCGUGCCAGUGUCUUAGUUGUAACUCCAAAAGACGAUUCAGAUUAUGGCACCUACCGGUGUAACGUCACAAAUGGUGUCUCUAGAACUCAAUGUAGUAUUGAACUGAAGCGAGGAUGGACAAAGAUGGAAAGCGUUCCUCUCACGACUGGGUGUGUAAACAUUUCGCUAUUGAUGCCAGUGUUAGCAGUUGCCGUAUUGUCAUUGUUGUUAGUCAUUCAUCUUUUGAUAAAAAAGAAGAACACUAAGAAAGCUGCACCAGAAACUUCGGAGCAGGAGUUUGAACGACACAACAAAACGUCGGUUACCCAUCCUCAUGCCCAACAACGCAUGGAAACGAGAAAAUUAUCGAGGGAUCUUCUUUACAAUAGCUUUGCAGAUGGAGAAUCAAACACAAAAGAGUCAAAACCAGAAGUGGUAUCGGUCGAAAUGCACGUCGGAGGAGAAUUUCAUAGCACGCCUAACGGCAGACUAGGAUCAGCUGGUAACCUCAGACGGGAGCGACCGAAAGGCUUUUACAACAAAUCCUUGCGAAACGUACCACAUGUUUCAGAGGAUGGAGAAACAACUCCGAAGGACAUCGGAUUUUAUAAUGCAAAUUUCAGAAACGAGUCUAUGGAUAGCGGUCUCGACUAUUCCCGCACGGUCUCACCAAACACGAGCUUCGACGAAACCUCCUUGGCUGACGAGAGCACAGUAAAAGGAUAUUACAAUAAAACAUUUAAAAACAACUCCACGGAAGAUGAUGGUGCUGAUGAUGUCUUUGCCAAAAAAAGCGAAGAGCUGACGGUGGCAGAUAAAUCAAAGAGUGGUAAGGCGAUGGGAUUCUAUAACAAAACAUUUCAUUCCGAAUCCAUGGACCUCACUGAUAAUGCAAGUGAUGGUGGCUGCGCAUCGGUUUCAAGUGGUUCCGUGGUAGGUGAGGCUGGAGAUAAAACAGCGCAACCCAAAGCGUUGACCGACGUAUUCCCAAAGCGGGAAGAGGAAAUGACAGUCGCUGACAAGUCAAAAAGUGGAAAAGCCAUGGGAUUCUUCAACAAAACCUUUCAUUCCGACUCCAUCGACGCCUCAGAUGGUGAUGACGAUGGGGUCCUUGCGGCAGAAUCAGGUAACCCAACAAGCAGCAAGACUGAAGAUGACAAAGUAGACACAUCUAAUGCUGUACCUGACGCCUUGACAGUUGCUGAAAAGUCUAAGAGUGGAAAAGCGAUGGGAUUCUUUAACAAAACGUUCCACGAAUCUGUGGAUAUCCCAGACGACGAUAAUGAUGGUACCGGCGUGUCAGAAUCAGCAACCAGUGUCAAUCAUCCAGCGGAAUGCGAGUCAAAGGAGGAACCUCAUGUGUCCGAGGAAGACACUUACUUCUGAGAGAAGACAUUUUGAAAUAUUGAGGAACUGUAGAUGUAAUUUUUUUCAUUUUCUUGACCCUAUUUUGAUUAAGAUGAUACUCGUUUCAAUUGUCACUCUCCUUAACAAUCCAUUGUGCAUAUCUGACUACUUUUCGUUAUUGAGAGAGCUUCCAUACUGUGAUAAUUAAGGUAAGAAACCCACUUGUAUAUAUAUAUACAUAUGGCAUGGCUUAGAUGAUCCCACAUGUGUGAGAUCACUUGGGGUGG